AUGCAGUCUGGGUCCAGAAGAAACUUUGCAAGAGAAGCUACAGGACAAGCUGCUAAAUCAGCAAGGACGGUUGUCAUUGCUGGUGUUCCAGAUGGCCUUCUGCACGAUGAUGUCAUGACGGACAUCCUGAUGAUUCAUUUCCAAAUGUCGAAGAAUAACGGGGGAGAUGUGGAAGAAGUAAGGUACCCAACAAUGAAAAAAGGAGUCGCAUAUGUAACUUUUGAAGAUCAAGAAGUUGUAGAGAGUGUCCUAAAGAAGGAUGAACAUCGACUAGAAGACAAGAGGUUGUCCAGAUGCUAUCCACUGAAAGUAACCCGUUACUGCGAGAACGUCUUCAGCUCUGUCACGUCUGUCCUCAAUAUGUCUGUUUUCAAAGAUCGAUUUGUUUUAGAAGAUCUGAUACAAGAACUGAAGAAGAAGAGCACAGCUUUGAGCUUUGGUCCUUUGCAAUCCAAUGGACAUAUUUCUGUUCAAGGGUCAUUUCCAGCAAUCCAAUUGCUAAGAGACUUCCUCUUACUAAAAGCAAAAUCCCUUUCAGAGGAGGACAAAAGAGGAGAAAAUAAGUCCCGUCAGAGACCGAAGAGGAGGCUACAGCAACACAGACAUCCCACAGAGACGAGUCAUUUCAAUCAUGAUGCAGAUGGGGAAAAACAAGCGGUCGUUCUUGACACAGAUAUAUAUCACUACAUGAAGUGCUUUUUCCCCAGGACAUUCCUAGUAAAUGAUGAUGUUGUGAUUUCUGACGUCACUGAUGGUGAUAUAACUACAGUAUACAUUAAGAAUGCUGGAAGUAGGUCUGAUGCUGGACAGGUGUUAAGAGUCAAAGAACAAAUUGAAAAUCGGUCUAUGAAACUCCAUAAUGUUUUACGUAAAGAAAGGAUCUACUUUGAAGAGCACGGUAGAGAUGAAAAGCGGAGAUAUCAACGGGUGUGUGAAAGUCUAAAACCCUAUUACCCUUCUGUUUUGAUCAUUCCUUAUGGUACUCACAUUGAUGUUAUAGGAAAUUCUUCCGAGGUUUUUGAAUUUACAAAGGAGGUGAGCAAUAAGAUGCAGAGCCUGUUUCAAACCAGGUAG